AUGUUUCUGGUUCAUCCCAAGGACUUCCCUGAGGCAGAAAAAAUAUUCCAAAUCAGCGGCUAUCACGGUGUGGAAGUCAAGUCUAUUGAGAUGGAAAACUUGGAAUUUUGGAUGCGGGAUGUUGCGCCAACAUUUGUGUUUGCUAAAGGUCCGUCGCAGUCUGGUCUCCAUGGGGCCGACUUCAACUUUAACGGUUGGGGAGAACGGUAUCCCUCAGCCAACAAUACACGCUUGGCCGGUCAUAUUCUCACUAAUCUUGCGAUCACUCGUGUCGAAACGCCUAUCGUUCCGGAAGGCGGUGCGCUGGAAACUGACGGGGACGGAAUGUUAUUGGUAACAGAAAGUUCCAUCAUCAACCCCAACUGCAACCCUUACAUCAGCCGGGAGACCAUUGAGGAAGAGCUUCGGCGUCUUUUGGGCGUAACCAAGACUAUCUGGGUUCCUAGCCUGAGAGGCUAUGAGGUGACUGAUGCUCAUAUUGAUAGUUGGGCCCGCUUUGCCGCUCCUGGCAAAGUUAUUUUGAAUGGCCCUCGGCCACGCCGGCCCUUACUGACGGAGGUCUAUGACACGACGAAGCAUAUCUUGUCGCAGGCUACAGAUGCCAAAGGGCGGCACCUGAAGAUCAUUGACCUUCCUGAGGGGGGGAUAGAGCGGCCUGACCCUAUCGACCCAGAAUACGCCUCGAGUUAUGUGAACUAUAUCCUUGUCCAUGGCGCGGUCAUCGCCCCACGACUUUUAUAUCCUCAAGCCGAUGAGAAGGAUCCUUCAAGCUGCCUUCCCAGAGCGAAAGGUUGUUCAAGUAUUCCAUGA